AUGUCUUUCUUUUCAAUAGCAACCAAAUUAUUAUUUGGAUAUCCUCUCUUAAAAGCUGCCAAGGUUUGUUCUAAUGACAAUACUUCAUAUCCCAAGGUGCUUUUGCUGACCAAUUCAUAUGCCAUGUCCACUCAAAUGACCACUGAUUCUGGGGGUGCUGAUUGUCCAGAGUCUAGUUCUAAGGAGGAGCCAGUAUCCAGGGGGAUCUCAUACUUAACUCUGGAUAUGGAGGUAGACAGUUAUGCCACAGACAACAGAACAACUCUGGAUACUUUACCCUCAGAACUUUUACUGCUGAUAUUUUCAUAUAUUGAGGCACCCUUCCUUAUUGAGACAGUGUCAAAAGUAUGCCAAAAGUUUCUAAUUCUUUUGUCAUCAUCAACAUAUUGGAAGACUCGUCUUACCAUGUGGUAUCAUCCAUGUAAAUAUCCGCCAGUGCCAGUUGACAAUAGCAGCUUUGAUUGGAUGAGUGCUUGUAUGGAGACAGAAUACACUUAUAGUUUAUGGCAGCAGAACAACAACAACAACAGGUUAGAACACCUCAGUUUUGUUGAUAUACAGUAUGGAACAGUAGAUGCUGUGCAUCUUUUCCAGGGUGGCAAUUUAUUGGCAGCUGGUUCCCGGGACCGAUCAGUCACAAUCUUUGAUCUUACUAGACCUGAAGCCAGAGAUCCUCAGACUUGUCGAGAUGCCAUUGUGUUUGCAGAUGAUAAAACUCAUCAGGGUUGGAUUUGGUGCUUAAGCUCAAAUGAUAAACACUUCUGCUCUGGUUCAUGGGACUCAAAGAUCCGUUUAUGGGACUUAUGUGCCGAGAAUCCACUUGUAUCAACAUACAGGUGUAAGUCAGCUGUACUUGAUAUCCAUAUGGACAAGCAGUACAUUAUUGCUGGUGGCCAUGACAAAUGCCUAUACAUUAUUGAUACUCGUGCUCAUCAGAUGCAGUCCACUAAAAUUCACCAGAUGCCUAUCCUCUGCCUGGCAGUUAAUGAGAAACACAUAAUCACUGGUAGUGAAGAUGGACACAUUUGUAUCUAUGACCGAAAAACCAACACAGUUUUUAAAAAGUUAACAAUGGAAAAUUACCCAAUGUGCCUGAGCUAUGGUGACCAUCAGUUGUGGGUAGGAGACCGUAUUGGUCAAGUCCAACUUAUUGAUACAUCAGAAGAUAAAUUUGAACUUGUACAGACCUUUGAUUUUGGCCACAAAAGCAAAUUGACCUGCAUCAAACAUUCCCUAGGAGCCCUCUUCACUUCAUCUACAGAUCGACACAUCCGAGUAAUGGAACCAACACUUAACCCGAAACAGAUUACAUGCUUUGAUCCAAAACUGGGGGAAAUUGCUUGUAUGGAUUACUGCAAUAAUAUCCUGGUUUGUGCUGGUAGCACUUUUUGUGUUGAUGUCUGGCGUCCAAGAGAAGAACUAUAA